UGCAGUGGGUCAGUGUUAGGUGGAUUUGCCUGGUGAUGCUGGGAAUAAAGAGCUCUGUAUGCUUAACCCUCAAAACCCUUCAGUAACGUGGCCUGAAAAAGAUGCCAGGAAUUAUUAUUAUGUGAGCACUGUCUCAAAGUCUAGUGCCACUAGGGAUAUAUUAAUACAAUAUGUUUAUUGUGCUAAUAAGGAUUGUUGUUGUUGUUUUUUUUUUUUUUAUAUUUUUAAAAUAAUUAUUUUAGACAGGAUCAGUAAUUCUGGUUAAGUAGGGUAAGUCGAUGUACUGAAAUACAACUGCAGAUUGUGUAAACAGUUUUUUUUCUCAAUACAGGGAAGCAUGUUUGUGGUAAUGACACAUACGUUACAGAUGUGCUAGAUAGGAAAUGAGUAUCAAAACAAUGGAGUGCCCCUUUAAAGAAUGGUCAGCAUUAUUUUAAUCAAAAGGAUUCCCAUUUGUUGGAUCGUGUAAAUGCUAUGACGACCAACAGGAUCUCUUCACCUCUCUGAAGCAUCUCAGAUCCGCAUUGUGAUAUCACUUAAUAAAAAGAUGUACAGUAUUAACCUAUACCACGUCUGUGUUGAAUUUUGGAAUCGGAUUGGUUGAAAAGUGUUGAUUCAUUAUUCAUAACAGCAUGGCUCUACUAAUUCACAUGGAGCACACAGUCUAAUAAUAAACAGAACGAGGGAAAUCAUGUUGUUUAUGAAAGAAAAAUGCAUAACUGUUGAUAUGUUGAAGCCUUAUGUAAAGAGGCAUUUAGGUAACAUUUAUGUAAGGAGUCUGCAGUAUCGGCACUUUAGAGGUCAGAGUUAAAGCCGGUGCGUUUAAGUUUUCCACAGCAGGAAAGUCUUCAGGAUGUUGCAUGACAAGCGACAGUAUGUAGAUGCUACUUAUAUCAUAAGUGAUAGCAGGAAAUAACUUGUUUUGCAGAUGUUCCACAGCAUUAAACGUAACUAAAAAGUUUACUGUUACAGCACACCACAUUGGGUUUUAUUUUUUACAUAGCACAAUCACCUCAAUAAGCAACUAUUGCAUUAUUCUACUGCAGAGAGCAUGAAGAAGUGCAGCAGUAAGGAGACUCAAGGACAGUGUAUGUGUGUGUGUGGAUGCUGGAUUCUGGGUAGUGAGAGAGAGCACUCUCAGGUAGAAGAGAGUACAGUAAAUGAAGCCUGUGCAGGAGGGAACCAGCAGGAAUUACCAGCUUAAGCCUGUGUGAGUGACCUCUCUGCUCUGAUCCCUGUGCUCUGAGCUGACCUUGCUUAAACCGGCCACACAGGCUGCCUCAUACACACACAGACAGGAAGAAUAGGAUACUUUUUGCAGUAUGAACACCACUCUGCACGUCCCAGCUGGGUGGUCAGCAUGCAGGAGACACUCACACUGGGCGUCCUACUCAGUAGUGCGCAUCUCGGCUGCGGAGAUGGAGUCCUAUCACCAUUUUCUGAGCAUGUGCAAGGAGAUUGAAUCUGCCACCUGGAAAAAUGAGAUUAUGCAACAGGAGAUAAGGCCUCUGCUGGCUGUGGACAUCAUCGAACAGCUUCACAGGCAGUUUGCAAUGCUGUCAGGGGGACGAGGGAAGGAUGGCGCCCCAAUCAUUACUUUCCCAGAAUUUUCUGGCUUUAAUGAUCUUUCCGACGAAGACUUCAUUAAUGUAGUCACAUAUCUGACCAGCAUACCCAGUCUGGAUGCAGCCAGCAUCGGCUUCAUCAUUAUCAUAGACCGCCGGCGGGACAAAUGGACUUCGGUGAAGGCCUCGCUGGCUCGAAUAGCGGGGGCAUUUCCAGGCAACCUGCAACUAGUCCUAGUCCUGAGACCGUCACGGUUCUUUCAAAGGGCCAUCGCUGACAUUGGCAUCCGGUUACGCCGCGAUGACUUUAAAAUGAAGGUACCGAUUGUCAUGCUGAAUUCCCUGUCAGAUCUUCAUGGCUAUGUGGAUAAAGGUCAGCUGACAUGUGAAUUAGGUGGAAGUCUGCAGUACUGUCACAGUCAGUGGAUCCACCACAGGACAGCCAUUGAAAACUUUGCUGUGACGGUGAAGACCACAGCCCAAAUGCUUCAGAGAUUUGGAACAGACUUGGCAGAAACCGAACUUCCCAAUGACGUUCAAUGCACCAAAGAUCUCCUAACAGCUCACACAGACAAACAUGACAAGCUUCAGGAUGAACUGAAGUUGGCUCUGAAACAAGGGACCACAUUGCUUUUGUGUAUCAAAGACCAGGCCAGUAAAGCCGAGAACCACAAACUAAACCCAGACGAAAUGGAAAAUCUAACCACAGUGGAAAGGUUGUUAGCUCAGCUGGAUGAGACUGAAAAUGCGUUUGAACAGUUCUGGUCCAAACAUCACUUGAAGUUAGAGCAGUGUUUGCAGUUAAGACAUUUUGAGCAGGACUUUAGAGAGGUGAAACUGUCUCUGGACAACCUGAUGGAGAAUUUGCUGACACUUUCAGACAGCGGAGACGGGGCUAGCCGCAUUGAGCAGCUCCUAAAAGACCUGAGGAGCAUGCAGGACAGAGCUCAGGAAUCUUUGGAGAAGGCACAGCUGCACGCACUGCACGGUGACCAGUUAAUCCAGAGCAACCACUACGCGGUCGACUCCAUCCGGCCCAAGUGUGUGGAGCUGCGGCGCAUUUGUGAUGACUUCAGCAAUGAAGCCAAAAAAAAGAAUGACUUCCUGUCCAAAUCACUUGAGAUCCAUACAUGGAUAGAGAAGGUGAGCCACUGGUGCGAGAAUGGUGUGUACCUGCUGGCAUCACAGGCUGUAGAUAAGUGCCAGUCUCAGGAAGGGGCAGAAGCAGCUCUGCAAGACAUUGAGAGGUACAUGGAGACAGCUAAGGAGCAGCAGCUCAGCCAGCUCAAAGACCUCUACAACCAACAUGAGAUGGCUCUCUCUGAUCUCAUGAAGAUCCAUGUGCAGAAUGCACUGAAAAGGCUGGAAGAGGUGCAUGAGAUGUUUGAGAAGAGACACAUCAGUCUAAAGAGGCUGUCAGCCAAGCAAACCAGGCCCGUGCAGCCUGUGGCUCCACGUCCUGAAUCUUCUCCUAAGCGCCCUUCACCUAAAAGCGUGCGACCAACAGGCUCUGCACCAAACCGAAGAGGUCCAGAGAAUAGUUCCACCAAGCACAACACUGAUACUGAGCUAGCAAGGAAGAAAAACAUUCGCAAGACUAAAGGAGGCAUCAAGAUUGAAGUUAUGCAUGAGGAGAGUCAAGGAGGUUUGAGCCAUGUUCUCAUGAGCAGCGAGACGGAGGAGAGCCUGUCGAGCAGGCGGCGACACAUUAUGAAUGAGCUGAUUGAGACGGAGAGACUCUAUGUGGAGGAGCUCCAAAGCAUAAUUGAGGGUUACGCUGCAGCACUGGAUAAUUCAGAAAUGACGCAUCUAAUACCACCUGUGCUGGAAAACAAGAAGGAUGUGCUCUUUGGCAAUCUUGAUGACAUCUACACUUUCCAUAAUAGGACAUUUCUCAAAGAGCUGGAAAAUUGCAUGGAGAAGCCAGAGUUAGUGGGAACAUGCUUCUUGAAAAGAAAAGAAGAGCUGCAGAUCUAUGAGAAAUACUGUCAAAAUAAACCUCGGUCUGAGGCUCUCUGGAGGCAGUGUGGGGACAGCCUGUUUUUUCAGGAAUGCCAAAAACGGUUGGACCACAAGCUCUCUUUAGAUGCAUACCUGCUAAAGCCUGUGCAGAGAAUCACCAAGUACCAGUUACUUUUGAAGGAAAUGCUGAAAUGCUGCAAGAACUCAGAGGGCACGGCGGAAUUGGAAGAAGCUCUGGCCACUAUGUUAGACAUGAUAAAAUCUUUCAAUGAUUCAAUGCAUCAAAUUGCCAUCACUGGCUUUGAGGGUAAUUUGAACGACCUGGGUAAGCUGCUCAUGCAAGGCUCUUUCAACGUGUGGACAGACCAUAAGAAAGGUCACAAUAAAGUCAAGGACUUGGCGCGCUUCAAGCCCAUGCAGAGGCACCUCUUCUUGUACAAUAAGAUGAUUUUGUUCUGCAAGAAGCGUGAGGAGAACUCGGACGGCCAUGAGAAAUCCCCAUCCUACAGUUUCAAGCACUCUCUGAAGAUGAGUGCUGUUGGAAUCACAGAGAAUGUGAAAGGAGACGCCAAGAAAUUCGAAAUCUGGUACAAUGGAAGAGAGGAGGUCUACAUCAUUCAGGCCUCCUCCAUGGACGUGAAGAACACGUGGGUGUCCGAGAUCAGGAAAGUACUGACGGGCCAACUGGAGGCGUGCAAAGAGGCAAGUCAGCUCCAUCAAAGAAUCACCGAAAACAUUUACCAUGCUCCCAUGAGGAACGUUCGCAAAAUGGCCCUGAGGCAGUCCGACUCCUCCAGCCCAGAGACAGGCUACAAGCGCAGUGACAGCGGCCCCAACAUGAGGCAGAAACGAGCUGGCGCUAUGUCCAACCUUAGUUCAGACCCAUCCUCAGCUCUGGCUAGAAAGCGCUUCACCUUACACGGCCUGUCCAAUCGCAGGUCCCUGCCAUCAGAGCCGACGCCUAAGGAGGCCGAAGUCCCUCGCCGCUUCUCUUUAGCCUCUUCCGUCAGUGCAUCCUCGACCACACGCACAAAAGGUCCUCUAUCUUCGACCAUUAAAAGCAAGAGACACCAAAUUAAAAGUGACCCAACUCCAUUUGGUUAUGAAGGUAUUAAUCAAAAGGGUACUUUUCUCUCAGAUUCUUUGCGAGAUGCUCUUCCUGCUGACAGCAAAAAUAAAGGUACAACAAGUACCAAGCCCACUGUGCCUAGGUCCACCUCUCAACCAGGAUGGACCCAGCGCCGUUUACCCUCAAUGGACACCGAAGACUUUGAGACCAUCCCAUCCAGUGCUGAAGAGCUCUCAAAUUCCUCAGACGGAGAGGAGGACAGCAGUAACAAAAAUGGGGAGAACAAUCGCUUUCAGGUGCAGCUGACGUACGAGUCACGAGCGCCGCAGGAGAUGUCGCUGGAGCCUGGAGAUUUAGUACAGUUCUUAGAAGAGGUUGAGAAUGGCCACUGGCUAGUCAAGAACUUAAUUACUCUGAAGACAGGGCUGGUUCCACCCAGUAUCCUGCAGUCUACAGCAGGAGGAGUGGACAUUUACAGUAACACUGACAUCUUCAGUGACCUGUGUACGGCGGCCCUCACAGACCCAGAGGAAACAGAGGAGAGCGCUGGGCUGCUACCAGUCCAGGAGAACAGAAUUGCAUGUUGAACAUGUCUUUUUUUUUCCUUUUUUUUUUUCUUUCUGCAUCAUUUUAGUGCCAUACAUUGACAAACCACGCAGGAUUCCUCCCUGCUAAACCUUUGCGUUAUUGUAAAGUGAAGACAAUCUUUGCUGCUAUUCCCACUUGUGCCAUGUGGACAAGAGCUUGGAUUUUUUUGGCCUUUAGACUCCACUUGAACCUUGCUGAUGCAAAGCAACGGAUCGGGCCAGCCAGCUGUCAGGGUUAGCUAUGAUCUCCUUUGACAUUUCUAAGAGGAAAACUGGAAUCCAGUGUAUUUCUAAGCAGCGUUUCAGCGUCGGCUCACAGCGGCCGCUUGUUUUUGAAACAGGCCUGAUCAUGUCAUGACGUUGCGCGAAAUUGAGUGAGAGAGAAAGAGACUCUAAAUUGUCCUGUCCUGCUGAAAUUACCACUCUGAUUUUUCUUCUAGCCUGGAUCACUUUUGUUUAUCAAAGACAUUCAACCGGAACGGAAGUCAUCUCAGCAAAAUUACUUGUUUCGAUUCUGUUGGUCAGAAAUGCAGCAA